ACCAUGUUAAAAUAAUAUUUUUUUAAAAAUAAAAUAAAAUUGAAAGUACCAUCUUUGGCAUUUUUAAAGAAAGGAAAAAAAGAAGAAGAGUGAUCUCCUUUCCCACUUACAAGUUUGAUAAACAAAUCCGAAAAAACACCCAUCUAAAAUUCCCCCCCACUCUCUCUUACUGAACAACACAUAAUGGCCUAGCUGUUGUUGGAUCCGGAGAUUCUGGCAACUUUUCCAUAUUUUUAUAUGUCACCUACAUAAAAUCCAUUAGCCCCCAAGACAUGAUUUGGUUUUCCUCUCUUUGUCCCUCCUCCCUAGGCUUAAACCUCUACACCAAAACCAAGAACAUCAAUAACAAAGCUUCCUUUCUCUGCCUAAUCUUGAAGUUUGUAGCAGCAGCCACAUAUUUGUUCUAAUGCCUGUUUAUCCAUGGACCAUCCUCUUUUUCCUUUUCUCCUUCUUCCUCUUUACUACCUCCACUGCUCUCAACCCUCAAGGUCAGGCUCUUCUCUCAUGGAAGACAAGCCUAAAUGGAUCAUUAGAUGUAUUGAGUAAUUGGGAUCCUACUGAUGAAACUCCAUGUGGCUGGUUUGGUCUUACUUGCAACUUCAAUAAGGAAGUCGUUGCAUUGGAAUUGAAGUAUGUGGACUUGCUUGGGAUUGUUCCUUCUAAUUUUAGUUCAUUGUUGUCUUUGAACAAGCUUGUUUUGUCAGGGAUUAAUCUUACUGGUGUAAUUCCAAAAGAGAUUGGUAUGCUUCAGGGACUCAAGUUCUUGGACUUGAGUGACAAUGCAUUGACAGGUGAAAUUCCAAGUGAAAUUUUUCACUUGCCAAAGCUGGAGCAACUUCAUAUCAAUUCUAACCGGCUGGUCGGAUCCAUCCCAGAGGACAUUGGCAACCUCACAAGCUUGGUGUGGUUUAUAUUCUAUGAUAAUCAGCUUAGUGAAGGAAUUCCAAGUAGUAUUGGGAAUUUGAAAAAGCUGGAGAUCAUUAGAGGAGGUGGAAACAAGAAUCUUGAAGGUCCAUUGCCUCAAGAAAUUGGCAACUGUACUAAUUUGGUCAUGUUAGGCUUGGCAGAAACCAGCAUUUCUGGCUUUCUACCUUCUUCCCUUGGCCAGCUGAAAAGACUCGAAACACUUGCGGUUUACACCUCCCUAAUCUCCGGCCAAAUCCCACCAGAGCUCGGGGAUUGCUCCGAGCUUCAAAACAUCUACCUUUAUGAAAAUUCACUCACUGGUUCAAUCCCAGCUCGGCUUGGAAACCUUAAAAACCUUCAAAACCUCCUUUUAUGGCAGAAUAAUUUGGUUGGAACAAUCCCUCCUGAGCUUGGGAACUGUCAACAAUUACAAGUCAUUGACAUUUCAAUGAAUUCAUUAACCGGAAGCAUUCCGGAAUCAUUUGGGAGAUUGAAUUCACUGCAAGAGUUACAGCUGAGUGUCAAUCAGAUUUCGGGUCGGAUUCCAACACAAAUUGGCAACUGCACUGCUCUUACUCACAUUGAGCUCGACAACAAUGAGAUCACUGGUUCCAUACCAACGGAAUUCGGAAACUUGUCAAACUUAACUUUGCUAUUCUUGUGGCAAAAUCGUCUUGAAGGGGAAAUCCCUUCUUCAAUUUCCUCGUGCCAUAAUCUCGAGGCUGUUGACUUGUCGCAGAAUGCAUUGACUGGUUCGAUUCCUAAAGGGAUAUUCGACCUUCAGAAGCUGAACAAGCUACUCCUAUUGUCUAAUAAUCUCUCUGGUCCCAUUCCACCGGAGAUUGGAAACUGUUCAUCGCUGAUUCGACUUCGGGCAAGUGAUAACAAGCUGACUGGAUCAGUGCCGCCGGAGAUUGGGAAAUUGAAGAAUUUGAAUUUCCUUGAUGUCGGAUCCAAUCACCUCACCGGAAUCAUUCCACCGGAGAUCUCUGGAUGCCGAAAUCUGACAUUUCUAGACUUGCAUUCCAACUCAAUCAGUGGCAAUUUACCGGAGAAUUUGAAUCAGCUUGGAAUCCUCCAGUUCAUUGAUGUUUCCAAUAAUAUAAUUGAAGGCACUUUGAGUCCGAGUUUCGGCUCACUGAGUUCACUCACCAAACUUAUUCUGGGUAAAAACAGGUUUUCUGGUCCUAUUCCAACUCAACUCGGUUCCUGCAUGAAGCUUCAGUUGAUUGACUUGAGUGGUAACCAACUCUCCGGCGAUAUUCCGGCGAGUGUUGGUAAAAUCCCUGGUCUGGAAAUUGCACUGAACCUCAGCUGGAAUCAGCUUUCCGGUGAAAUUCCGGCAGAGUUCGCCGCGUUGGACAAGCUUGGAAUGCUUGAUCUUUCUCACAAUAAGCUCUCAGGGGACCUCCAUUUUCUCGCGGACCUACAAAAUCUUGUGGUUCUGAAUGUCUCGCACAACAAUUUGUCGGGGCACGUGCCUGACACUUCAUUCUUCGCAAAGCUCCCACUCAGUGUACUUACUGGCAAUCCAGAUCUGUGCUUUCCCGGCAACCAGUGCUCCGCCGAUAAGGGUGGCGGUGUCCGUCGUACCAAAGCGGCAAGGGUGGCGAUGGCGGUGUUGCUUUGCACCGCUUGUGCUCUCCUUGUGGCAGCUCUCUACAUCAUCCUCGAUGGCAAGAUACGGAACCGCAAGGCCCACGAUCUAGAUGGCGACAAUGACGUUGAACUUGGCCCACCAUGGGAAGUCACAUUGUACCAAAAACUCGACUUAUCUAUCGCUGACGUCGCAAAAUGUUUAACCGUUGGUAACGUCCUCGGCCGUGGUCGGUCCGGAGUUGUGUACAAGGUGAAUAUUCCGUCAGGAUUGACGAUCGCCGUGAAAAGAUUCCGAGCAUCGGAGAAGCACUCAAUGUCGGCAUUCUCGUCGGAGAUUGCCACGCUGGCACGAAUUCGACAUCGGAACAUCGUUAGAUUACUUGGUUGGGCAGCAAAUAGGAAGACUAAGCUAUUGUUCUACGAUUAUUUACCAAAUGGUACAUUAGGUGCAUUUUUACAUGAAGGUUUUGGAGGGUUAAUUGAAUGGGAAACCAGAUUCAAGAUUGCAUUAGGGGUGGCUGAGGGCUUAGCUUACUUGCACCACGACUGCGUGCCGCCUAUCCUCCACCGUGACGUCAAGGCUCAGAACAUUUUGUUAGGUGAUCGUUACGAGCCAUGUUUAGCUGAUUUUGGACUUGCUAGACUCAUGGAGGAGGAAAAUGCUUCAGUUACAGCAAAUCCCCAAUUUGCUGGAUCUUAUGGGUAUUUUGCCCCAGAGUACGCUUGUAUGCUAAAGAUUACAGAGAAGAGUGAUGUUUUUAGCUUCGGAGUCGUGUUGCUAGAAAUCAUUACUGGGAAAAAGCCAGCCGACCCGUCCUUCCCUGAUGACCAACAUGUUAUACAAUGGGUUCGCGACCACCUAAAAAGCAAGAAAGAUCCAGUUGACGUAAUUGAUCCAAGGUUACAAGGACAUCCUGAUACACAAAUUCAGGAAAUGCUUCAGGCCCUUGGAAUAGCCUUGUUGUGUACUAGUAAUCGGGCUGAAGAUCGGCCAACAAUGAAAGAUGUGGUGGCAUUACUCAAGGAGAUUAUCCACGAGCAUACAACAGGAAAUGAAGCUAAAAAGACAUUGAACAACUCCUCAAAAAUGUCCGAUGCUUCAUCAUAUUCCUACUCAUCUUCAUCUGUGACUCCAGCCCAGUUGCUACGCCUCCAAGGGUCGUUUAAUUGCUCUCUUACUCACUCAUCUUCCUCUGUUAGCUAUAUCACCAGCAACCAAUAAUAAAGUAGUGAUAGUCAUGAUAGAUCUGUUAUUCUUUUGAACUAGAUAGUAUUAGCAACCGUAAAGAGCUAGGUAGAGGAGCCUUCUUGUCAAUUUAAUUGUUAAGAAAAUCAAAUCCAUUGUACAGCAAAGUCAAAAUUUUCUUUAUCUUCCUAUUUUGCAGUGAAAACUAACACUAUCAAUUCAAACAGACUUCAAAUAAAAACAAAG